AUGUCGAACUCGCAGGUUGGAAACGUUUAUUCGCAGAUCAUCACUGAUGUGCUUGAGGCUUCGCGAGUCGAUUUCGAAGAAGGUGGCGUGGACGAGAGCGUUCUGGAAGAACUCAAGAAGGGAUGGCAGAAGAAGCUCUCCCAGCAGCAGUUGGCUGUUUUCCCUUGGGAUCCUAAGCCAGACCCUCCCACCCCUGCUGUUACUGCACCUCAACCUACUCCGGCGCCUGAGCCUACUCCUCAGGCUCCCACGAACGGCGCUUCGUAUAACCAGCAGCAUGCGCCUCAGCCACAAGGCUUAACUAUGCCUGGAUCGCAGCCCUCUAGAGACCCUACCAUCAAGUCUGAACCUGGUGUCAAGACAGAGCCCGGUCUUGAGCCCACGCCUGCGUUCCCCCAGGCUGCUCAGCAGGGUGGUUCCGACGUCGUUCAAGAACGCGUCUCCCAACAGCUGCAGUCUCUGUAUGGCGAUCGUGCUGCAGCUUCGAUUAACAAGCUUCAGCAGACCUUUAACAACGGUCAGCCGCAGAACGCCCAGAGACCUGGUGGUCAACCUAUGCCGCAGAACUACCCUGGUCAGUUCCAGGGCCAUCCUCAGCAACAAUACCGACCCACUAUGCCUCCUAAUGCUCAGCAGCAACGUGCGCAGAUGCAGAACGGCCAAAGGCCUCCUCAGUCUCAGAUGGAUGGCGCAAGCGAUGCAGACAGCCAUAUCGGAGUCCUUAUGCGUCGCAGCCAAGCUGGAGAUGUGGAGAUGGGAAGAGUUGAGAUUGAUAACUUGCUCCACGCCCAGAUUGCCGCGAAGGCGAAAGCUAUGGAAGGUGGCGGUUUGAUGGUACCCCUUAAGCGUACGGGCAAGGGCAAGGCCAUCGUCUCGCAUCACCGUACACCAGCCUCCGGCGGCCUCUCGCAAUUUGACGGCCCGGGUGUGGAUGAUGGUAUGAAGGAUGAAGUCACAGAUGAGGAUGCUAUCAACUCGGACCUUGACGAUCCUGAUGAUAACCCGGAAGAGGAUGAUGAUGACGAUGACGGUGGCCAAAUCAUGCUCUGUAUGUAUGACAAGGUCCAGCGAGUCAAGAACAAGUGGAAGUGUGUUUUGAAGGACGGUGUCCUUAGCGUGAACGGCAAGGACUACGUCUUUCACAAGGCUACUGGCGAGUAUGAAUGGUAG